AUGUCGAAGCAUUACCGCGCCAUCCGCAGCUUCCUGCCCACGGCAACGGCAGUCGGAAAGCGUCUCUCGCGCCAGACCUCCCAGGAGAUCGUCCUGGGUGGCAGCAUCGGCAUUCCUCUGCCAGAGACUUCCUCGCUCGUGCCACGUAUUGAUACUAAAACGCAGUCAUCUCUCGGCGCGCUUCACCCCAACGGCCCCGCGAUUUCCGCUACGUCGUCCGCGGUGUCCGCAUCAUCCGGCGCGCCUCUCGCAGCAUUGUCCUCAGCGGAAUCAAAUUCCCGGAGCAACUACGAUUACUCAUGCUCCCCGUCUCUUCCCGUCUCAUCUUACUCUCCUACCCGUGCCGCCGCCAAUGGAACCACCAUCGGCGAUCAACCCCGAUCCUCCGAGCCGCCCAUGCCUGCCGUCCUUCCUGUCUUCGGCGUUGCUCGCCGAUAUUUCCCAGGCCCCUCACCCCUCUCCAAAGGAAUUCCCGGCUCCUGGUCCAAUUCUGGACCCCCAUUUCCAGCAAAAUGCGCAUUUCCCGCCGCUUUUCCCGCGGCUGUUUCCGCCGCGGACGCCGCCCCGCAACGCGGGGUGCUGCUCCGUAGUGGUUCGAGCUCUGCCACGUGCGGCGAUUUGAAUGGCGGGUUUCUGCAGCAUGAUUGGAUGCAACGAGCCGCGUGGUUGGCCACAGCGGGGGAUGCGGACAAUGGCGCUGACGAUGCGGCUGCUGCUGACGUGGCGGAACGUGACUACAGCGGGGGGAGGGACGAUGAGAUUGGCGACGGGGAGAAAUGCACGGCGACUGCCGACGGCGACAGCGCUCUUGACACCAAUGCCGCUGGGUGGUUGGAUGACAGAGAUUGCAUGGCGGCAGAAUCAUGGGUGAACGACAGCCGUAGAUCGCUGGACGAGGUGUGGAUGGACAGCGCGCGAUCUCGCAUCCGCGACGCGGCGUUGCAGCUCGUGGAGGCUCAGCAAGCGGCGCUGGAGCACAGCAGAGUAGCGUCGGCCAUGGAAGCCGCCAUGCUGGAGAGGCAGAAGAGCCUGGGGAGGCAGACGAGCCUGGGGAGGAGCCCUGGGGGGGGAAGCGGGAAAGGCGAUAAAGUGAGAAAGAGUGUGCUCUCCUGGUUGCCUCCAACCAAUGACGUGGGUGUGAGCCGGAGCACCCGAAGCAGCCCGAUGCGCAGGCUUGGUAUGGGAGGUCCGGGAGGGGGAGCAGCUUGUGACAAUGUUGGGGUUGCUCUUAACGGGGAUGGGCAUGAAGUUGAUAUGGUGGCUGGAAAGGUUCGUGUUGAUGGUUUGACUCUGCAGGCUGGAGGAAGCUCACCGUUAGGAAGGGUUGGGAUGAUGCUCCGUUUAGGGAGUUCCAAAGGAGUAGUUUCAACAGGUUGA